ACACAAUCUGUCACCAGCUUUGCCUAUAGAAAAACACUCCAUCACUUAUCCGCCCAGCACCUCACUCAUAUCACAUCGCAUCACAUCACAUCAAAAACAAUGGCUAAGAUCAAGUCCAUCGAGUACUUCCGCGUUCUCCCGAGAUGGCUCUUCGUCAAGGUCACUACGGAGGACGGCCUCUAUGGCUGGGGCGAAUCCACGCUUGAGGGACAUACGGAGGCCGUCGAGGGCUCGCUGAACGAACUCAUCCUCAGAUUCGUUGGCUACGAGGCAGAUGAUAUCGAGCAUAUCUGGCAGGUGGCCUGGCGGUUGGGCUUCUACCGUGGCGGCGCCGUCUUCAUGUCCGCUAUCUCUGGCAUUGAUAUCGCCCUUUGGGAUCUGAAAGGACGCAAACUCGGAGUGCCAGUUUACUCGCUGCUGGGAGGCAAGCUGCGUGACCAGCUCGCCGUCUACGCGUGGAUCGGUGGUGACAGACCUUCCGAUGUGGCCAUUCAAGCUAAAAUGCGCAAGGCGCAGGGUUUCACGGCCAUCAAGAUGAAUGCCACCGAGGAUCUUGGCUGGUUGGAUUCUCCAAGCGCGCUAAAUGCGUCGGUUGAGCGUCUGAAGGCCGUCAAGGCCGAGGGACUAGAUGUUGGCCUCGACUUCCACGGCCGCCUGCACAAGCCGAUGGCGAAGCAGCUUGCGAAGCUGCUCGAGCCGCAUCAGCCGUUGUUCAUCGAGGAGCCGUUAUUGUCGGAGCACCCGGAGGCUAUCAAGGCGUUCUCGCAGCACACCACCACCCCGAUCGCCCUCGGAGAGCGCCUCUACAACCGCUGGGACGUCAAACCGUUCCUAGAGUCCUCCAGCAUCGAUAUCCUCCAGCCCGACGUAUCGCACUGUGGUGGCAUCUCCGAGAUCCGCAGGAUCGCUGCCAUGUGCGAGGCGUAUGACGUCGGCCUCGCUCCGCACUGUCCACUCGGGCCGAUUUCCCUUGCCGCGUCACUGCAGGUGGCCGUGGCGUGCCCCAACUUCGUGAUCCAGGAGAUGUCCCUGGGCAUCCACUACAACAAGAUGACGCCAGCAGGCGCGGGCACCUUCGACCUGUGCAGCUACCUCAAGGACCCGUCGGUCUUCGACGUGUCUGGCGGCUUCGUCAAGCGUCCCACCGGCGUUGGCAUCGGCAUCGAGAUCGAUGAGGAAAUGGUCAGGAAGGUCAGCAAGGAGUGCACUACGGCCUGGAGGUGCCUCGAGUUUUUUGGCCCCGGAGGCGAGGUCAGGGAGUGGUAGGAGAUAAGGGUGUUACUACUUCUUCCUUCCUUCUUUCUUUCUUUUCGAUUCUUUUCACUGCGUUGUUCGUUCGUUUUCAGCUGUGUUCCCCCCUUUUCCUUCCUUCCUUUCUGUCUCUUCUCUUCUCUUCUCGUCCUU